AGAAAGUGGGGUAAAUGUCGGUGUGUUUGCGGAGUCACGGUCCCGACACACUCGGUGGGAUUAUAUAAUCACGGACCGGACGGUUCACCGCUCCUGUCGCCUCUCUGCGGCUCUUCACGUUCGACCUGUCCGACUUUCCAGGGACACAAAUGGGUGAAAAGGAGGAGAAGAGCCCCGAUGGAGUCAAAUACUACAGACUGUCAGAGAUCGAGGAGCAGAACACGUUCAAAUCAACGUGGAUCAUCAUCCACAACAAAGUCUACGAUGUCACCAAGUUUCUGGAGGAGCACCCCGGAGGAGAGGAGGUGCUGAGGGAGCAGGCGGGAGGAAACGCCACCGAGAGCUUCGAGGACGUCGGUCACUCCAGCGACGCCAGAGAGAUGGCUGCUGACAUGGUGAUAGGAGAGCUGCACCCGGACGACAGAGACAAGCUCGCCAAGCCUGAGGAAACACUGGUGACCACUUUGAAGGACGACAACAGCUGGUGGUCUAACUGGUUGAUUCCCUCUCUGAUGGCGGCCAUCAUCACGCUGAUUUACCGCAUCUACACCACAGAGAGCGAGUGACAUCAUCAGACACGCAGCUGUGAUGUCAUCAGCAGGCACUACAGCCAUUUUCCCAGACUGAUGAUUGACAGCUGCAGCAGCCAAUGAGGUGUGAGGACGAGCGGCGGCUGCAGACCAGUGGAUUAAAAACAUCACAGAGGGAAACGUCUGUUCAAGGAUCACUAACUCUACGUCCUACAAUAACCAUGAUGCAUUUCAUGCUGUUUAACCAACCAAUCAGAUGGCAUUAUGUUAAUGAAGUCAUACAUGUUGUUGAAUUUACCGUGAAUCAAUGAUUUGAAAUCUUGGAUGUAUAAUUUGUUGUAUCUUUUUAUAUCUGUGUCACUGAAUGUAAAUGAUUUCAUAAAGAUGUAAUCAGCAGCUAACAGCGUGAUGAUGUCAUCACACUGCAGUCAUGUGACUGUCACGCGCAGUGCUGGUGUGUUGGACCUGAGCAUGAAUGAAGUUUAGUCCUGAACCAGCAGGAAACACUGAAACCUGUUUUUAUAUGAACUUUAUAUGAAGCUGCAGGAGCCUCUGGAUCAACACACAAACUCUCCAGGUAAAACUGUGACAUUAGACUUUAAUGCAUCGGAUUAUUUUCAUAUUAAUGAUGAGAACUCGACUUAUUAAAUUUCAAUCUAGAAAGUGAAGUUUCUGGACGUUUGUCAGUACGUUUUACAUGUUAAUUUCAGCACAUUCAUACUGUCAUUGAAGUGUAAUAAUAAAUAGAAGACAGCAGAUGAUAAAAUAUGUAAAUGAAAAUAAAAACAGAAACCAGUAGGAAAAAAAGGUUUUAGAAGAAGAAAAGGAUCCAUUAGGUCACAGACCUCAGUGUGCAGGGAAACAAAACUGUUAAAACAAACAGGAAACACGAUAAAUUUAAAUCUGGAUGAUUCAGAAAACAACUUUAUUUCUUAUGUUUGAGCUUUGAGUUUAUAAAAAACUUAAACCAAGAUAAAAUAACAUUCAUUUAUAUUAUCACAGCUCAGCUAAGUUACGCAAACACUGAGAUUUUUAACCUUGAUGCAGUGCAUGCUGGGUAAUAAAUGCCAAUAAGCUGA